GAUUUAUUCAUUGUAAGUUUCCUACAUAGUUCUCUCUGUUGUGGACGAGAUUACUGUGGUGGUCGUGCUCGACCUCUCGCUGUAUUCCAUUCCUGGUUAUCUGAAGCGCAAAACAGCCGCAAUUGCAGCCAACUUUGUAUCCUUGUAUUUAUCUUAAGCUGAGGAAGAGAUGAAUUGGAUUCAGCGCAAGAUCUACCUUUACAAUGUGACUUUCGGUCUCUACAUGUUGGAUUGGUGGGAGCGUUGUACUUUCAAUAUUUUGGUGAUUGUAUUAAUGUGUUUUGUCGUUCGAUAUGUUACUCAGUUCUUCAAGAGGUAUGUGUGGUAAGAAACAAAAUCCAUUCUCACGUGAGGAAGCAAAUGUAGAUUGUUACUUGGGAGUUUAAAUUAGUUGCAGCCGGUGUAUUUGGUAUGGCUGACUAGGGAAUAUCUUGAUAUAGCCUGACUUAGAAUUUCUUAAAGCUACUUUUCAUGCCACUAUACACCGUCAUGAAUCUUAUUUGAACAUUUCUUUACUUAUUAGCUUGUAUGGAUGCCGUUUGAUAUUCUUUACAUUGUAAUAAUUAUAUUAUUAUUGGGAAUGUUAGUAUAGACUUUUAAA